CAAAUACAAAAAUUCCAUUAUUAGUUUUUUUUUCGCUUAUAUUUUUUUUAUUAUAAUUUUAGUUUUCAAAUGCAAUAUAAAUUUUGUUAAAUAGUCGAUAGCAUAGAAAAGUGUAGUGUAAGCAAAAUUUAGAAACUAAAUACCACAACCAAAUGUGCAUUUCAUAGUAGAAAAAAAAACAAGAAGAAUCAGCUAUCGAAACAAAAUAAAGGCGAAAAGAGAAAGAGAAUAAGAAGAGAACGAAAUAACAACAACAACAACAACAACAAAAUUAAGUGAUUUAGUUCAUAAUUGUAUAUUAAUGAUCAAUUUAAAUUGAAGAUGCCGUGUUGGUACUAUGACAAAAAAGAACUACGUAACACACCAUCAAUUCGAGAUGGUUUGGAAUUUGAAACGGAACGACGGUAUCGCAAAGAAGGUACACGAUUUAUUAUGGAAUGUGGCACCCAAAUGAUAUUGGGUCAUCAUACAAUUGCAACGGGUGCGAUUUAUUUUCAUCGCUUCUAUAUGUUUCACACAUUUCAAGAGUUUCCACGUUAUGUGACGGCCUGUUGUUGUUUAUUUUUGGCCGGCAAAGUGGAAGAAACGCCGAAAAAAUGCCGUGACAUUAUUGCAACUGCCCGUUCAAUAUUACCGAAUCAAAGUUUUCAGGCAUUUAGUGAAGAUUUACGAAAAGCCAAAGAAGAGGUCAUGACACUCGAAAGCAUCCUAUUACAAACCAUUAAAUUUGAUUUAGAAGUUGAACAUCCAUACAAUUUUCUUGUAUCGUAUGCAAAAUGUUUAAAAGGUGACAAAGCAAAAUUACAAAAAAUGGUUCAAAUGGCAUGGAAUUUUGUGAAUGAUUCGCUAAGUACAACGGUAUGUUUACAAUGGGAACCGGAAAUAAUCGCAGUGGCCAUGAUUCAUUUGGCGAGUAAAUUGAGUAAAUUUACGGUUGACGAUUGGGUCGGCAAGCGUCCCACACAUUUACGAUGGUGGGAUAUGUUUAUAUCCGAUGAUGUAACAAUGGAAAUUCUUGAGGAUAUUUGCCAUCAAGUGCUUGAUUUGUAUCAACAACCAAAUCAACAGGCGGCACCAUCGACCGAUGCCAAUUCGUUGGCAAUCAGUAAAUCGAAAGCAACGACAAUAACUACAAAUGCAAAUAUGCCUACAUCAGGGGCACAACGACUGAAACCAAAAGAUCUUCCACAUUUUACAAAAGACAUGAACACUGAAAAUGGUAUACACAAUUUAUCAGCGUCUGAUUUUGCAAAAGCAAAUCGAUCGAGCUUUGCAACAACAUGCUCAGUACCGCCACCACCUCCGCCACCAAUGAAUGGAACACAACCAUACACAGGUAAUCAACCGCCAUCGAUAUAUCCAAUGAAUGUAUAUCCACAGUCAACGAUGCCAACAAAUGUACCAUACAAUAUGCCACAAUGUGCUCAACAACCACCUAAUAAUAUUUAUUACAAUCAAUCAAUGAGUAGAAUAACUGGUGCAUACUAUCCGGGGCCUUAAGACAAAAUAAAAGAAAGGAAAUCAAAUCAAAAAUCACCUGCAUGAGCUUCUCAUCAUGAACGAAUCAAACAACCAAUUCAAAACAAUGAUUCUCACCAUUUAUUCGUUCAAUUUUAUUCGAUUGUUUUAUUUUUAUUAUAAAAUAUUGUGCAUAUUACUGCAAUGAUCAACUACCAUGAUUAUAAGUCGCGUAGCUAAUUAAAAAAAAAAAAGAUUUUAUUUGAAUUUAUUGAAAGAAACCAUGGUGUUUUAGAUAUACCGAAAGAAAAUGUUCUAAAUUUAGUAAAAGAAAUUGUUAAUUACCAAGGGAUUUAGCAUUACAAAUAAAUGUUAUCUCAUAACCAAUACCAUAUUUUUUUAAAAAUAAAAUUGCAAUAUUGCUUCUAUGCAGGUGGCUCUCA